AAAAACGUGUGUACAUUGCUUAAACCAGUGUGUCUCAUAUACAUGUGAAUCAACCUCCUAAAAAUUAACCAGGAGUUCUGAAGUGUGGUUUUCUUGCUAUUCAGAGUCUCAAAACACCUGAAAGCCAGUUCAGAACUUGUACAAGUGUUGCCUUUUCUGGGCUGAGUCUGAUGAUGAUGUUGAAGAGCAGCCAGAGAGGGAGAAUGAGCUGUGUGAAAAUGGGCAAGUGGUGUAAGAUGUGGGGAUCUCCUGUGAAUCACCUGUGCUGGACUCCCUUUUAUGAGGCCUCUAAUAAACCAGUGCCGUCCAUUUAUUACCCUCAGCUUUAGUUUUAUCUGCAUGGGACAAAGGUAUUUAUGCUGUUGCUAGAUAACAUUUAUAAUGAGAUAAUAACAGAUAACUCUUGUUCUCCACCUGUAUUAAAGGCCACUAAUGCAUUUCUAGGACACACGGAAUCACUUUUGCCCCUGAGGCCCUGCUUUCUUGGCAAUGCACUUUUUGACUCUGGUUUCAUUUUGUGUCUCCUGAGAUUAUUUCAUAGUUUUAUGGGGUUUAAGGCUUGAAGGCGCCAUAAAAUUCAUCUGGUCAGAGCUGUUUAUGCUGUGUAGCCUGGUGUGUGUCCUUCCCAGUCCAGCAAACCACGGAGCAAUGGUUUAUCAGGAUUAACUUGCAGGUAGUUCCCUGUCUUGCAUCCUGACAUAUCUGUCAUUCCUUAUAGAUGGAAUGCUUCUGCCUGUGGCUACUGAACAUCCACAAACAAUAGUCUGUGUCCUUACCCUGUGGACAGACACAUUUUUGUGGGAGACAGGCUUCUUUCCAUAGGUGUACAGGUGGUGCAGGAGGUGUUGAACCUGCAGGAAUCUGGGGGCUGAAUUAGUGAGCACGAUGAAGAAUCUUGUAUGCAAAAGGUGGUUUUCUUUUUUCAUUUGAAGAGAAAACUCUCCCUUCAUUUAAAAAGAGCUGUUAUAGUAGAGGAAUAAAUGCUAGGAGCUGUUCUUGAUCAGGGCAUGUGAAAUAGGAAGUGAAAUUCUCCACUAGGCCUGGUUUUUCUAAGGCAGCAGAAGUUGCCUAAUCUUACAGGAUACACAUCUUGCAAGAUGGAGUUUUAAAUAUUAAUAUAUUUUUAUAUUAGAAAGUUGUUGAAGAGUAUCACAAGGUUCAGGACUCUGUCCCAUUUGUUCUGAGCUUCCCCCGAGGCAGCAGGAUGGUUCCUGCUCUCUGGCCAUAUGGAUCACAUCUGCCUGGUCACCAUUCCUGUGUUUGGUUGUGUAACAGCUGAGCAAAAACCGCCACUGAGGAUAAGGAAGCAUCAUCUGUUUAUUCAGGAACUAAGUAAUCUUGGAAAAUAUGGGUCACAUGGCCCUGCUUUUCUGUCUCCUCUUCCCAGUGCUGACCCGUGUCUCCUCACUACUCAGCAUCCUCAGUUGUCCUCAGCUGAUGAGCGGGUGCUGAGAGUUCUAGCAGGAGCUUCCCAGGUGAUUCCUGCCUGAGCACCACCCACCCUCCUGCUCCUCCAUCCCAGCACGGCUCUUACACCCCUGCCCUUUGAGCCAUUCUGCCUUAUCUCUGCCUAAACUUCCUCCGUUCCUGCCAGGAAGGGAAGGCCCUCAGGUUUCUCCUCCCUGAGAGCUGAAUCCCAGGGGCUUUGUGAGCUGGGUUUGUGUUCCUGUGUCAUGCCUUCGAUGACGUGAGGAAGAGAGGUGAAGCUCUGAUGGUGUGGCCUGCUGGUCUGCAGACCUGGGGUGACUGCUUGCUUCAGAAGGCUCUCACAUGCCCAGGGAGUGCUGAAGUGCUUCUGUAGAUGCUUCCUGGGGAUUGCCUUUGAUGGAAACUUGUCAGUUCUAGCUCUGAAUUCACGCUGGCGUUGGCUAUAAGGAAUUUUGGUGUCUGCCGUGCCUUUCCUCUGAUGUUAUCAGGCUUAGAGUCUGAGGUGUUCUGCUCUGCAGGAUUGUUUUCGGCUGCCUUUCACUCCAUUGGGCCUGUGGGUAAUGACAUGGUGUGUGCUUCACUUAAUGAAGUCCAGUGCAUUGUCCUGUAAAGAACAAUCUGUCCUGGGUUAUUUUUUUUUUCUUGUUCAAAGAUUACAGAUUUCCUGAGGUGUCUGCAGAAGCUGGGAGAUUAGGAAUGACCGUCCCCUUCUAGGGAAGCCUCUAACAGAGAGUUUGCUAUGAAAAUAAACUCCAUCAAAGGGACAUUAUUGUAGCCAUGGCGAGAGGAAGAGCUCUGGCCCCUCCUCAAGUAACAGGGAUUGUGCUGAGUGACUGUGACCAGCUUUGCUUUAGUUGGACAGCUGAGGGAUGCUUUGAUUCAGAGCAGAGGACAGCACCUUAAGGAUUGAACAUAUGCUGAUACUUCAUCAUUAAUUAAUGUAUAUAACUGCAUCAAGCUGCCAAAUGAUGUGGUGCAGUUCCAGGAAGUUUGUGUGAGCCUGGAACUGGAGUCCACAGUCUGGAACCGGAGCACUGUUUGGGGUUUUUGCCAUGUCAGUGGGUGCUGUGUGACAGCUCCAUGUGGAGGGGUCAGCCUGAGCCUUGGGGAAACAGCAGCCCAAUAAAGAGAGGGACAAAUGUGUAUUGGUACAAGAAACACGAGGAUUUGGUAAGAAUAAAAUAAGCACAUGAUGGCAGCCAGGAGGCCUGAAGGAUGGGUGUUUGGAGGAGCACGUACUGCAGGGUGUGAUUGUCAGCCCCAGCCCUGUGAUCUGGCUGUGCUGCAGUGAACCUGAGCUCAACUCUGGCUUAAGGUGUCACCCCCAAACCUCCCUGUGUGGGUGACAUGGUUUUGCUUCAUUCUUCUCCCACAUCCUGCCUGUGGGGUUUGUCAGGAUCACCUUAAUAAGGGUCUGUCUCAGCCUGGGCAAAUCCCAUCAGCUGUGGGCACGGCUCAUGGACAGCAGAGUGGUUUUGAUGUGCCAAAACUUUGUCAUUGCCUUCAGCAUCCACAGCUGUGCUAUAAUGGUUCCGGGUGGGGUCCUCAGUGGAGGAUCAGAUCUCCUGUGUGGAUUUCUCUCCUCACAAAACCUGAAAGCCCUGCAUGUCAUUGUAAAAGCCCAUUCUUUGCCUGUGUUGUACGUUCCAGCUGUGAGAGCUGGGCUCUGGGUGCUUCCAGCUUGGCUUCCUGUCCCUGCUGAUGUCCCUGCUGACUGCUUCCAUCCUGGCAUGUCACAGGCUGCUCAGGCAUUGUCCCCUUUUGACCCUGAACACAAGAUGUUGUCUGCAGCCCUGCUCAGCUCUUUUUUGCCCAUUCUCUGCUCCCCGCACUGCACCCUGUGGCGUCUCAGGCUGGACAUCCUGCAGAGUGCCUGUCAUCCUUCAGAACUUCUGAAACCCAUGGCUGUGAAGAGCUCAGCCUGCUUACAGGUAGACAUGGAGAAUGUGCCCUGUGUCACACUGUGUUCCUGCCUGGCUCUGCUCAUCCAGCCUGAGUCCAUUUUCAAGCUUCCGUGGUCAGGGACAAGCCCCAGGAAAUGCAAACUUGUACAGCCUGACCCUCAGCGUGUAUUGGAGGUGCUGAGCUGUGCCCCUCCCUUUCCCUUUAUCUGAACCCCUUCUGGUGUGUUCAGCUUUUGGGAAGCCUUAAACUUCUGGGAAAAGCUUUAGGAUGAGACUCUUAAGGUAGUGAGGCAGUACCAGGGCAAGCCACAGUUCUUCUGUGAUCUCACAAACAUUCCUUGAAUUCUUAAUAUAGCUCUAAGAGUUCCUUCUUCAGGAAUUGUGCAAGGGAAAAACAGAGGUGUGCAAUUAAGUGUGCUGGGCACAGCACAGUCCCUCCCUGUGUCUCAGUGCCAGCCUGGGGUUGCUGAAGCUGCUUGGGAGAGUUCCAAGAGGAAUUUUCACACUGGGAAACAGCAGUGUGUGUCUGUAACACGUGUUCUGCUGCAUUACUGAAAAAUGUAGUGUUUGUUCCCUGUGUCUUUUAAAGUGUGUCUUUAUAGCUGGCCCGGGGUGCUGGGUGCUCCUACAGCAUGAACAGGUAGAAUUGGUCUGUCCCACAGUGGUGCCUUUAAGCAGCUCUGGAGCUAUGCCCGGGAUCCUGGAAGAAUCACAAGUCCACCCAUUUGGAAAGGAAGCAGUUAAAGGAGAAAAGUUUGCCAGGAAAUUGAAUAAACUAGAAGCAGUACUUAGGUCUCCUGAUGACGAGCUCAGUGGAACCCACAGCUAGAGCCAGUGAACAGAGCUGCAGUGUCUGCAGGCUCCUGCUUCCCUCCCACUCCAUUUACAGCACUGCUAAACAAAAAAGGGAUUGGGCUUGGGACCACAAGCUGGGAGCCAGUGGAGCUCGGUCUGCCAGGGGCACUGCUGGUCCCACUUUUCUAUGUGCCUUUCUGAACCGCUCUGUCCUCAAGAUGUCUCACCACAUGAACAGCUCCAUGCUGCCAACCUCGCAUCCGCCUGAGCAUCACCACUCCUCCACCACAGCCCCGGGACACAGUCAUGGACCUGACAUGAUGAUGAUGGCCAUGACUUUCCACUUCAGCUGUGAGAAUGUGCCAUUGCUGUUCUCUGGACUUACAAUCAAUUCUCCUGGAGAAAUGGCUGGUGCUUUUGUGGCUGUCUUCUUCCUGGCCAUGUUUUAUGAAGGCCUUAAGAUCGCCCGGGAGUGUCUGCUCCGUAAAUCCCAAGUCAGCAUCCGCUAUAACUCCAUGCCAGUGCCAGGCCCCAAUGGCACCAUCCUGAUGGAGACACACAAAACCGUGGGCCAGCAGAUGCUGAGCUUGCCCCACCUGCUGCAGACUGUGCUGCACAUCAUCCAGGUGGUGGUCAGCUACUUCCUCAUGCUGAUCUUCAUGACCUACAACGGGUACCUCUGCAUCGCCGUGGCAGCGGGAGCGGGCACCGGAUACUUCUUCUUCAGCUGGAAAAAGGCCGUGGUGGUGGAUAUCACAGAGCACUGCCACUAACACUGGAUGUGCCCACAGGCCUCUCUACCCCACUGCUCCCUGCAAGUGCAGCCAGCCCCGAGGACUGGAGCAUUCCUAAGCUGCCAAGAGAAUCGUGAUAAAGAAAAUCAACUGGAGUUCACCACAAGUUCCUGGAGGGGUGCAGGGAUGUGAGGAGCUGGGACACGCUUCUCCCCUUGACUCUUGAGAGCCCCUUCUUGGCCAGGAUUUGCUUUAUUUUUAGAUUAUGCUGUGAUUGAAAUUAGUUGGCUGACAGAACCGUAGAAAUUAUUGUUUUAAAAAGAAAACAAAACCAUUUUAUUUUUAAAUUGUAAAUGCUCAUCAGUGGGGGUUUAAUGAACAGUAGGAAAAGAUCAAAGUUGCCAAUAAUGUGUGAAUGGCUGUUCUAAUUUUGAUUUUUUUCAAUGUGUACAUAAUGCCAGGGGAGGAGAUUGCCCUGGCAUUGUGGCUUUUGGGGCCAAUGACACGUUUUGCUCUAGGACUCAGCCUCUGAGGAAGAUUUGGUGCUGCACAUCAGACACGCUCAGGUGUGUUCUGGUAAGGGAGGACUUUGACCCAAGGAUGUGAGCUGUGUGCUUCAGGGGUUGGAUGAACCUGCCCUCCAAGCCCACCAGAGGAUGAUGAUGAGUGUUGUUAAUCUGAUGUAUCCAGCAGCUUUACUCAGCCUCCGGGGAGAACACUCGAGUUUGACUGCUUUCCCUUCCCAAUUAUGGAGCAGAUGCAGGAUAAUAGUUCUGUAUUUACAGGGCAAAAAGCUUCUAAAUAAACCAUUGAACCCACAGAUACUUCAUGUGGAACUGCACCUGGAUGGAACUAGAGCUAAGCUUUGGGUUACUAGGACUGGCUCUGUAAAUGAGGCAAGAGCUAAAUAAUGAUUUCAUGACACGAAAGUUAAACUGGCUGAAGAAGGUAUUCCUAGAUGGAGGUGAAGGGGGAAAACAACCAUGUUCCUGUAAAGGAGAGAUUUGGGGAAGAGGAGAAGGAAAAUACAGGACUACAGCAGCCUUCUGUGUCUUCUCAGGUGAAAUUUGGAGCAGUGUGGGCUGAUAAAAAAGUAUUCCUGACCCAGAUGACUCCUGUUUGUCUUAAUAAUCACAGUGUGCCCAUGCUGGAGCUGCAGGUUCUCAGUGCCAGGGGGGGACAGGUGCUGUGGUGCAGUGAAGAACUCGGUCAGUGCUGUGGGCUCUGCCCGGUGCCCAGGCGGGACAGGCUGUGAGGGGGCAGAACCUGCCUGGUGCCAGGACAGGCUUGGGGAGCAGCUCUGGUGUAGCACCUGGAUGUUAAUAAAAGUUGUUCAGAGUGUGGUGCAAAGCUGGAGUCUUCCCUCUACCCAGUUUGCCCAGUUUGUGCCUGUAACUGGCUGGAAAAGAAGACAGUGGGAAUUAGAGAAGGGCCCUGAGAACAGGCCCCGCUUUCAGACUGGGGCUGGUGUCUGGGACAUCAUGAGAACAGGGAAUCCUGCUGGGAUAAAGCCUCUGGGCAUGCACAGGAAGGUUUUUUCCUCUGGAGAUGCUGCUGGUGGCUGCUGGCAGCAGCUGUGUGAGGAAAGCUGAUCUUUGGAAUGACAUUUUUUAGCUCCUGAGCCUUCGAGGGUGAGGCCAUCCCUGCGUACAUGGGUGCUCCACGGUGCUGGUGCUGCUGUCCCUGCACAGAGCCCACCCUCCCACCCUAAGGAAAUCCGGUACUGCUGCUACCAGGACUUGAAUUGCACCUCCUGAAGUCAGCCCUCCUGGGCUGAUGCCAACUGUUUAUUUGGACAUCUUGUUUUCUCUGGACAGUGUAAAUAGAGAAUAAAAGGAGCUGAGUUAAAAGCAGGCUUAGGUUCCUAAAUAGCUGCUUUCUGUAGCAAAUUCGCAUCUGGGUGAAGGAGGCAAAGUUAUUUUCAUGGAAAAGUUCUAGCCACCUCCUGCUGAGAGACAGGAAAAGUGCUUCCUUCCCCAGUCUGAUCUUUGAAGGGAGUUCUGUCUGGGACAGAACCUACUGCUGCCCUCUCUGCACCUGUCACAAAGGUAAAACUCCUGUGCCCUCUAAGCAAUCAUGGGAGGGGAAACCUGACCCUCCCCAUCCCUGGAGAGCUGGGAGGAAUGUUAGUGUUGGACAAAGAAAAUGGACAAUCCCUUCCCACUCCUGCUGGAACUGAGAGGAAACCUGAGUGUUUGUCAGAGAAAACGAGCUGUUAAAAGCUGGAGAUGGUGGUUGGUGGUGUGGGAGGUUUGCACUGCAGGGCUUGACCCUGAAGGAGCUCAGGGUGACAUUGCCACUGCUGCCGCUGGUUUUUCUGGAAGGGGCUGGAAUUGUUGCCAUUACAAUCACAGGUGGAGUGAGGAGUGGCUUUGUGUGGUGACCUCAUACACCUCUUGCUGUGUCUUUCUUUGAAACAGAAGCUGCUUGGCCUCACCUUGCUGUCACCUUUUAGCCAUCGUUCUGUGUAUCCAAGUGACCAGACUUGAAUUCUCUGAGGGAUGACUUGGGGAUCAGGCUGUGGCUCGUGCAGUGUCAAUCUGGUUCUUGUUAAGCUUUUCUGCCUCGUUCUACUUGUACCACCUGUGCCCCUGGAAUUGUUUCCCCACCAGGAUGAGCUCCCAAGGCUCAUGUCCUGCCCAUGCUCUUCCCAGAGAGGGUACACAGCUUUCUCCAGCAUGCACUGGGAAGGGACACUGACCUAGCAGGGGUCACCUGGGCAGGAGUGUCUCAGGUGCCCCAGCUGCUCCCACAGCCUGCACGAGGGGUGCUUUGAGCACCCUGGGCUGCCCAGGGAACGUCAGAAGGGAAGCGGCUGAGGAGAGCAGGGCGAGGCUGUGUCCCCUCUGCUCCUGAGCUCCCUGACGUGCAGCUGGGGAGGGGCAUGUCCAGGCUGCUCCCUCCUGCCAUGGCCGUGCUUUCCUCAGUUAAUGGGACAAUCCAGAGAAGCCACUGACCUCCCCGUGCCCCAGCCUCCCCCUUGCCACCCGGUGCUACCACGGUGCCUUCUCAGCCCGGGUUGCUGCGUGCUGUGGCAGAGCCUGAGCAAAGCCUGAGCUCCCUCUGGGUGGGAUUGGCAGCUCUGGGGCAGCCCCAGCCCCUCUGCUGAAUGUAAAGUUGUCCAGGUAACACGGGAAGGGGAGGGCUGGAAGGAUUUCCAGACCUGGGUACAUUAAAUUCCUGUGUUGACACACAUGUAGCAUGCUUGGGUGUGCUGUCCUGCUUGGGGGUGACAUCCUGUGCGUGUCUUUGUGUCCUGAUGUUUGCUCUCCACACGCUGUGCCUCCGCAUUGUCAUCAAGGGGGGAGCACAGAGCAUCCAGGCUGUGGCCCUGAGCAGGCUUUUGUUGCUUUUCUUUGAGUGCCUUUUGAGUUUGUCUGGAGCCAGUCCCACCCAAUCCAGCAGGAUUUCUAGUUUUGUUUACAGUGGACUGUCAGUUUUGUUUUUACUCUUGCUCUUUGUGGCGGUAACUUGUCUGAUGUUACUGUGAAAAUCAAGAAUCUCCUGUACAUAAUUAACCAAUAAAAUAGAUUGCAUUUUA